UCUAUAUGCUCUUCUGGUGACACCUAGUAAAGAGAGAUAGAUAGAUUAGUGUGGGAGAAUCUAGCAGCAUUUCCUUUCAGAAGAAGCUUAGGGUUUUGUUUCUCGAAUCAGCUACUUCUUCUUCUUCUUCUCUAUCUCUCUGGGAUUCUUGAAUGUUCUCUUUCAGCCAUAGGAAGAACUAGAAAGAACAAAAUAGAAAAGGGAUUCUGUAAUUUAAUUCUUUCGUACUUGAGAGAAGAAGCUAAAGUACAUUUGUUGGAGAAGUUCAUCAUUUGCUUUUAUGGUAAUAACUGCCAAACUACACAGCCUUAGGAUGUAUGACUCUCAAGUUUUGAAAUCUAAAUCCAAUCCAUUUCUUGAAUGGUCGCGUUCCGGAAAAAAAUUUUGGGGUACAGAAACCAAGUCAGAGUGCCAAGAGUCUACAAGUGGUGAAUCUUUUCUGUAUAGAUUUCAACUUGAAGAAGAGGUAAAAAGAUUGCAACUGCAACUCCAAGAAGAAAUAGAGUUGCAUACCUUUUUGGAGAGUGUCACUGAGAAAGAUCCUUGGGAGCUAUCUUCUUCUUGUAGUGUUCCACAUCCUGCUCAAGAACUUCUUUCCAAUAUAGUCACGCUAGAGACUGCAGUCACAAAGCUCGAGCAGGAAAUGAUGUCACUGAAUUUCCAACUUAGCCAAGAACGAAACGAGAGGAGACUCGCUGAAUACCAUUUGACACAUUUGGCCUCUCCACCAAAUUCUUCCUCUUCCUUGAGAUAUUUGGAUCAUUCGGAUUCUGAAUUACAUCAAUCAGCAGAAGACAGUCCAUGUCAAGACCAAACAGUUCAAAACCAAGAAUCUUCAUCUGAAUCAUCUCAGGCAGAAUCUACCGCUGAGAAAACAUUGGACCCAAGUAAUCAAUUUCUCGAGAAGAGGCUAAUGAGAAAGGCUAAUGCGAGGAAGCUACCUCGAGGAAUGCCACCUAAGUUCCUGUGGGAUCACCCUAAUCUAUUGUCUGAAGAAAUGGUGAGAUGUAUGAAGAAUAUCUUCAUGUCUCUUGCUGAUCCGACAGUAUCUUCAAAAGCAUCGUCAAACGAGAGCCAACACUCACCAGUAUCACCCCGCGGGCAUCUAUCAAGCUCAUCGUCCUGGUGGCCUUCAACAGAACGGUCAAUGAUCUCGUCAUGGGUGCAGAGCCCCCAAAUAGAUAUCCAACAUAACACCGAUGUCUUGGCCACAGGAAAUGUUUUUGAUCCUUAUAGAGUUCGUGGGAAGUUAAGCUGGGCGGAGAUUGGGAAGUACAGUGUUGCAUCCGAGGUUUCUUGGAUGUCUGUUGGGAAGAAACAGCUGGAAUAUGCUUCCGGGGCACUGAGGAGGUUCAGGACACUGGUGGAGCAACUGGCUAGAGUAAACCCAAUUCAUUUGAGCUGCAACGAGAAGCUAGCUUUUUGGAUUAACCUUUAUAACGCGUUGAUCAUGCAUGCGUAUUUGGCUUAUGGUGUCCCAAGAAGCGACUUGAAGCUCUUCUCGUUGAUGCAAAAGGCUGCCUAUACGGUAGGAGGGCAUUCAUACACUGCGGCGACAAUGGAAUAUGUGAUAUUGAAGAUGAAACCGCCUAUGCACAGGCCACAAAUUGCUCUGCUUCUUGCCAUCCACAAGCUGAAAAUAUCAGAAGAACAACGCAAGGCAAGCAUUGAUACACACGAACCUCUUCUCGCCUUUGCCCUUAGCUGUGGAAUGUACUCUUCCCCUGCGGUGAGGAUCUACACAGCAAAAGGAGUGAAGGAAGAGCUACUAGAAGCUCAAAGGGACUUCAUACAAGCAUCUGUAGGGCUGAGCAGCAAAGGGAAGCUCUUGGUACCCAAAAUGCUACAUUGUUACGCCAAGAGUUUUGUGGAGGAUUCGAACUUGGGGGUCUGGAUAUCGAAGUACCUUCCUCCACAUCAAGCAGCGUUUGUGGAACAAUGCAUCUCUCAGAGAAGACAAAGCCUUCUCGCCUCACGUAACUGCGGAAUACUCCCCUUCGAUUCUCGUUUCAGAUAUCUGUUUCUCCCCGACAACAACGACAACUCUGUGUAAUAAUAUAACCUUUUAAAAGCUCUGUUUCGUUUGUGAAAAGCCUAACCGACUUCAUAUGAACCAAGAGCCAGUGGAAAGAUGUUUCAUCAUCAUAAUCAUUAGUAUUCUCAAUGUUAGCUUUGGGGGUUGGGGGUUAUCAGUGUACAUUUUCAAAUAAAGUUUAUGAGAAAAGAAAUAUUUUUUUGGCAUGAACAUG